AAUCGUCUCGUCUCGUCUUCGUCUCGCUCUCGUCUACCCCGAGUCCUAGAAAGCGGAAGCCCUCGCGGCCUCGAUUCCGGAUUCCGGCAGAUGGCGGAGCCCAACCCGCAAGUGGAGAGGGAGGUGGAGGUGGAGCAGGAGGAGGAGGUGAGGAGGCCGAAGCUGAGGUACUUGGAGUUCGUGCAGGUGGCGGCGGCGCAGGCCACGAUCUGCCUCGCGGGGCUCUACGGCCUGGCCAAGGACCACGCCGGCCCGCUCCGCCCCGGCGUCGACGCCGUCGAGUCCGCCGUCAAGGGCGUCGUCGGCCCCGUCUACGGCCGCUUCCACGGCGUGCCCCUCGACGUCCUCGCCUUCGUCGACCGCAAGGUGGAUGAUGCCGUGCAAGAGCUGGACCGACACCUCCCGCCGACGCUGAAGGCCGCCUCCGCCAAAGCUUGCGCCGUGGCCCGCGGCCUGCCGGACGUGGCGAGGGAGCUCACCGCCGAGGUGCAGCAGUCGGGCGUGACCGGCGGCGCACGCGUCGUGUACGGGAAGGUGGAGCCUGUGGCCAAGGACGUGUACGGGAAGAUCCAGCCGGUGGCCAAGGACCUCUACGUGCGCUACGAGCCGGCGGCGGAGCACCUCGCCGUCUCCACCUGGCGCUCGCUGAACAACCUGCCGCUGUUCCCCCAGGUGGCGCAGAUCGCCGUGCCUACCGCCGCCUACUGGGCCGAGAAGUACAACAAGGUGAUCGCCGCCGCAGCUGACAAGGGUUACACCGGAGCACAGUACCUCCCCGCCAUCCCCACCGAGCGCAUCGCCAAGGUUUUCGGCGAGGGCAGCGCACCGCCUGCGUCGUCGUCGUCACCGGAGACCCAGCCGUUGCAGGGGGAGGCAGAGACCCAGUAGUGGAGGUCGUCAGGUCACCGCCUGAAGGUGGUGAUGGGUAGCCUUCGCCUGAAGUCCUGAACUGAAUAAGAGUGGGCACUCAGGGAACAGAUGGUGUUUUAGAUGAUGAUGCAUGUGACGACGUUCUCAUGGACGAUGGUGUUUUACUAGCUCUACUUUGUGUGGCGUACGUUUUCCCAAUCCUGGUUUUGUAUAAAACUGUGGUUGAUGUCGCAAUCUUUAGCUAAUCCAGUGCAAUUAGGCUUUGAGCUUUUCUGUUGUUA